AUUACUAUGAAGAGAGAGAAUAUAGGAUGAUUUUUAUUCUUGUAUUGAAACAACUCCUUAUCUUUACUAUAAAUAAUAUUACGAAAAUUAUAAAUUCACCAAAUCCACACCAGAGCUGGUCAGAACAGUUGUGAUCAUCCUCGGGAGUAGAACAUCUUUAAAUUCUGUGUUAUUGUGAGGUGUUAUUGCAAAAAUGCUUGACGGUGUGAUAUAUACGCGAUCUUCCGGGGUUUCCGCUGAAGGUGUUAAAGAUCAGUAUGCUGAUGGAAAGGCUGCCAAAGUAUGGGAGAUCUUCAUCGGAGACAAGAGAUCCAGGACGGACAACUACAGGAAUUUCCUGAUAAAUCUCCUCAAGAAGCACAACUGCAAGAGAAUCCUCGAUGUUGCUUGUGGAACUGGAAUUGACUCAAUUUUGUUGGUGGAAGAGGGAUUUGAAGUGGUAUCAGCGGAUAUUUCGGAUAAAAUGCUCAAGUAUGCCCUUCAGGAACGCUGGGAACGCCGAAAAGAGAAAGCUUUUGAUAAUUGGGUGAUUGAGGAAGCCAACUGGCUGACGGUAUCGCAGGAUCUAGGCCAUUUGAUUGGAGAUGGAUUUGACGCUGUGAUCUGUUUGGGAAAUUCUUUCGCUCACAUGACUGACUCCUAUGGGGAUCAGCGUGAUCAGAAGCUGGCCAUUGCGAACUUCGAGAGGUGCGUGAAGCCUGGAGGACUCCUCCUGAUCGACCAUCGCAAUUAUGACAACAUUCUCAAGACUGGAAGUACACCGUCCAAGUGCAUCUAUUAUAAUAAUCAGCACAUGUCUGACAUCAAGACCUCAGUGCUGUACGUGAGUGGAAAGCCAUCGCAGGUCAUUCUGGAUUACUCAAUCAGCAAUGGGAAUGAGACAAGUGAAUUCCGAUUGUCGUACUAUCCGCACAAGUUGGAGGUUUUCAAGAGGAUGCUUGAGGAGGUGUUCGGCAAGAAGGCCAAAUACAGCAUCUAUGGAGACUUUAAACCACUCACUGAAGUUCAAAAUCCCGGAUUCUACAUCCAUGUCGUCCAGAAAUCCGAAUAAAUACUUCUUUUGUUGAGGAAUUCUUGGAAGCCUGAAAAAUACUCAAACCCCUUUCGAUUAAUAAAUAAUAAACUGGAUUUUUUAACUAGAAAUCAUUCACUGUUAAUACGUCAAGUUCAAUGAAUUUGUACAACUUUCCCAGAUGUUAGAUAACCAGUGUAACAUGAGAAAAAUCCAAAUGAUUUUCACACAAAAAAACUAUAGUGUAAGUUUUCCUGAUCUUAUUGCUUCAUCGCGAAACCGGCACCGGCGAUUCGUGAGGCGCAAUUUGUAAUUGGAAAACUGGUUUCUGCAGAAAUUGCAAUACGAUAUGUUGGCGUGCAUAAAAGUAUGCUUGAGUUGCUCGAAUGGAAAUUCCCUCGACGCUUAUGAGCGAUAAAUUCUGUGUCAUCAAUUAAUCUUUCGCGGGAUCUGCAUAAAAAGCAAUAAAAUUAAUGCUCAAUUUAUUUAAAUAUAAUUUCAAAUAAAUUCAUUUAAUUACAUUUGACAUAAAUAAUAAACUUUCAGUGUUGAUUCUCUUGAAGUACGUUUCUCUUGAAUGAAAUCCCUCUUAUUAAUCUUCACAGUAAAAAAUAAAUAAAUUAUCAUCUCUCUUUUUGAAUAAAUUAACAUGUGAAAAUUUCAAUCUAUUGUAGUAAACAAUUUAAAUAAAAAACCAUUUGCUAAAUUACAAAA